AUGUUCUGGACGCUGGACAGUUCGGGUAAGGAAGUUGGAGAUGCGCGCAUUGUGUUGACGACCCUCAUGGACGAGAAACUGCUGGUGCCAGGUCCCAAGAGACUGUAUGUAUCGUACUAUCGCAAACGUGUAUACGCCGACCUGCUGCCGGAUGGGUCGAUCCGGUAUAAGAACGAAGUAUACACGUCGCCAGUGCCCUGUGCGCUGCACAUGAAACGCACCUUAAAUCCGACUCUCAAGACCGAUGCUGGCUGGUCGUCUAUGUACUCGGCUGCAUCGGGCGAAAGUCUCAAAGACAUUAAAGAUCGGCUGAACAUUCGCAAACGGGGAACCAAUGCGCGCUCGACCGGUAAAGAGAGGAAGGCCGUGCCACCGUCGCUGACCGUGAAGGAGCGAGUGGCUCAAUUGACUGCUGCUCUGGCCACACGGAAAGCGGUGCCAAAGUGCAGUGCAUGUCGGAAAGAAGCCACGACGGACGUUGUUGAGUGCAGCGCUUGCCACAGCAAAACACACUGGAAGUGUGCGAGUCCUGCACUCAAGACAGGUGGAGCUGAAUCCUGGUUUUGUGAGCAGUGUGUAACGGGACAAGCCAACCGGAUUCUCGAGUUUCUUCAGCAGACACGUCGUGUGCUUGUGGAGAGGAUUGCAGAGCAGAAGAAAGCAAAGGAAAAGAUGACGACGACGACGACGAUGACAGUUGCGGUAAAGGCGGUUGAAGCGAAGAUUGAUGGCAGCGUUGCAGAAAGUGACGGUUGUUCCACUCCAGUUGAUAGUGCAAAAGAUGCUGUUGAUGAUGUGGAGAAAGCGAAGGAAGCUGGUGUUGAAGCCGUCGUCUCUGUUGGUGAGUCGGAAGAAGAUCAAACGAACGAGUCUAGUCACAACGACACGUCUGUGACGACCGCUGAGUGCUCGAUCGAGCCAAAGGCAGGGAUGCGAACUGACCGUGAAACAAAGGCCAGCGAGGGCUCAACCCAAGAGGCAUUGUGCGAGGCAGAGGCGGCCGAGACAACGGGGCAAAUGAAUGUUACUGUUGAUACUGUGGAAGAGAAGGAGAGAAAGCAGGCGGCAAUUGACGUACCCACUGAUGUGCCGGUAGCACAGGAAGUUGGAGAUAAUGUCCUCGAAAGCGAUGGAGACGAUCCUGCUAAAGAAAUCAUCGAGACCGGGCAAGUGUCUGUUACCCAGGCAGAAGAGACUACGAGCGCGGAAGAAGAUUUUCUGCUGUUGAUUGACAAUCUUAUUGCAGAGGUCUCGUCCAGAGAUGAUAGGGCUAGCUUGAUUGCCAACAGCACGGGUGCGACGUUAGUGCACCUUGAAAAAACGCAUUUGGUGCAGCUUGUGGAAUAUGGCAAAGUAAAGAUACUGGCGGCAAAUCAGCUCGAAAGUGAAUACGACAACGAGCGGGGUGGCGCACAGGAAGAUGACCAUGAUGACACUGCAUCCUGCAACACGUCUGAAGUGGAUGCUCUCAUAGAGAUCUUUGACUUACGCCAUCAGAUCUUAUCAUCACAGUCUCAAUUUGAGCGCACCACAAGUGCACUAGCUAAGCGCACUGAAAAGCAUCUGCGAAUCGCUGAGAACGAAGUGAUGGGACUGGAAGAAUCUCGUACUGUAGAGGCCAUGGCUAUCUCGAAAAUGGUGGAUUCGAUUAAUCAGCAUUCGAGCGAAUUGAGGAUGUGCGAAGAGAAAAUUUACUACGAUGAGGUGCUUCUCAAAAGCAUCAACCGCCGCCGUCAUUUCAUUCGAUCCACAAACAUUAAGGAUCGUUUUGUGCCGUCGUACCGUCAUAGCACGAAACUCAUGACAACGAGUAGCGACCAGCUGCUGUUAACGGUUUUGCUCGAAAAGCUGCGUGAUAUCACGGAAGUGAUGAAUGAAUGGACAAAGAUGGAGCGCCAUUUCGUUACCAUGACGUCGAAUCUGAACAAGUCACUGUCGUUGAUCGGCACAAAGCGAAAGUGCACGGGUGCUGCUGUAACGUCUCCACCGAGCGUGCCAUUGUUCGCACAGAUAGGAAUCCCUCCUUCGAAACGUCUCAUUGAACGCCAGAUUGCUAACUUUAGGAUGAAUCUGAAUUCCAUUCGUCACAAUCGUGCGCGUAUGCGCCAUACACUUUCUGGCAUUCUCAAGAUCGCUCGGGAAGAGCAUUUGAGCGAGGAAAUUGUCACGAGAGCUGAUAUGCUGUACCAUAAAUGCCGCGACGCGAAGACGGAUGCAGAAGAGGAAGAGUUGAGGCUAAAGGAGGAAGCAGAAGCUGCGGCCAAGGACGAUGGAGAUGAACAUACUGUAUAUGGUCGUCAACGAGCUGACGACGACGACGAUGCGAGCGUAGAAGAGCCCGAGGCCAAAAAGCAAUGCUUGAACGAUGCUGGCCAUCAUUCUGACACGUUCUCCGAUAUCGAUUCGAGCUCUGCUGCUACGGCAGCCAUUGAAGCGACACUUCCGAGAGAAAAGAAGGGUAUUUCGUCGCUGCUUGGCACCGAGGAUUCAGACGGAAGGGACUCUCAUUAUAGCUCUGCUGCCAGCAAGUCAUGCGAAGACAGCGAAGAAGACUUAGAGCAAGCGUCUCGCGCAAUUGCUGACAUUUCUUCAGUUCUGCCCGAUAUUUCUGGUGGAAACGAUCCCCGCACGGACUUGCUGAACCCGUUAUUGUCAACUGAAAAGCCCGUACUGGAUGCGUCGCGCGUUUUCACAUCCCCAGGUCAGUUCGUGAUUCCCGACAGAAACGGUAGCAGUGACAAGCGGAACACGCUUGCACAACCACCCGCUAGACCGCAGCCAACUCAGCCGGCUGUGCGAUUUUCUGGUCAAAGCCAGCACUCGUUCUCGGACCAAGGGUUCGAGAUGUCGAACAGGCAGCAGCUGCAUCCUGAACAUCUACGUCAAGAGCGGGAACGACUGCGUAUUGAGAAGCAGUGUCAAGAGCAGGAUCGUCAGGAGCAGGAGCGCCGGGAGCUGGAGCAGCAGCAACUGGGACGCGAGCAUCAACGACUGCAACAAAAGCGUCGCGAACAGCAACAACGUGUCGAGGAACAGCGAUGCCUGGAGGAGCAACACCGUUCGAAGCAACAGCAUCUUGAACAACAACUCAACGAGCAGCAGCAGCAGCGUCUCGAGCAGCAGCAGCACCAGGAGACACAGCGCCAGCAGGAGCUGGAGCGAAAUGAAACCCAGCGACAGGAGCAGCAACGCCAAGAACAACAGCGACGACGGCAAGAUCAGCAGCGACUUGAACUGGAGCUCCGACGCCGACAGCAGGAGCAGCAGCAGCAGCAAGAGCAAAAACGGCACUUUCAACACGGCAAAUCGACGAGUCUCCCGCAAGUCGUGCCUUCUGGACCACCUCAUCUGCAAAUGCUCAGCCAGCAGCAACAACAACAACUUCAACAACAACAAGCCGCACUUCAACAGCAGCAGCACUCUCGCCAGCUGCAGCAUCCACUGUACGGCGAUAUACCCAAGACCAUCCUCAUGUCUGCCGGCAUGGGAACCAGUCAGCAAGACGUGUACGUCCAGCAGGCGGCUCAAAUGGGCAUCAACAUGCACGAUGUUGUGCGGCACCAGGACUCGAGCCACUUUGUGGGCAGCGCCACGUCAGGAAGCCUGCGUGGAGCUCACUACAUCACGCCUAGCGAAGCGGCACGUGGUGCUGUCCAGCAGACAGCGGCAGCGCGAACAAGCUUUUAUGGAGACGAUGGUCAGGGCGGGCAGCUCAACUCGCAGGACGUGUUUGGUUCCCAGAUUAUGACGGGACCACAGCGGCAGCUUCCCGACCACCAUCACAUGUUCGCGAGUGAGCUACAGCAGCAGCAGCAGCAGCCGGAUCAGCCACGGACUACGCCGGGCCAAGAGUUUCUGAUGGGCCGACCAUACCGCGGUCUGAACGAUAACAUGCAGCAUCCCGGCUUGAACCAGCCCGACGAGAACGAUGUGAACAUGGGAGACUGGGGCCAGUGA